GCCAGCUAUAUACGUAAUAUCCGCUAUCUCACUUGUAGCCUGCAUCUCAUAGUUUUAUCACCCGCCCCAAUAUGGAAUCCAAAGCAAAUGGAGAACUAUCUGGCAGAGACAUUGCCUGCAAACCCCUCGAGAUAGAAGACUGCAAGGAGGCAGAUGUUUCCAGCGGCCCUAGUGAAGCACAUGAUGAAGAGCUGCCGAUCCCACCACCCGAUACGCUUCAGGGCUGGAUAGUAGUGUUUGGUGCUCUCAUCGCACUGACACUAACAAUUGGUACCACUGCAGCGUACGGCGUUUAUCUUCAGGCAUACAAGCUGGAUGAAUUUCCAGACACAUCGACAUCGCUGCUAUCAUGGAUCGGCACACUGCAGUUCUCGUGCAUGUGCUUCGUUGGAAUCGGUGUCGGCGUGCUUUGCGAACGUGUCGACACACGGCUGCUCUGCCUCUUCGGAUCAAUUGUGGCCGGCCUGGCCCUCAUUAUCGCCUCUUUCUGCCACUCACCCGGUGCACUGCUGGCGACACAGGGAAUUAUGUUUGGAUUUGGCGGCGCAUUCCUCUAUGUACCGGCAGUGGCAUUGCCGCCAAUGUGGUUCGAAAAGUAUCGCGGUCUUGCCACUAGCGUUGCUGUAGCGGGGACAGGAAUUGGUGGCGUGUGGCAGUCGUUUGCAGCCCGCGCCAUGAUGGAAAAUGUCGGGCGAGGGUGGGCGUUGCGCAUUUCAGGGCUGGUACUCAUUGGUGUGUGUUCAGCCAUUAGCCCACUCUUGCGUACACGCAUGAGGCCAGCGCGGCGUGAAAAGAUUAUCGACUUUAGCGUCCUGCGCGGUGUCAGAUUCCCGCUCCUGUUUUUCACAACCCUUCUUGGCGGCGGAGCAUAUUAUAUUCCCAUUUAUAACUUUCCCAGCUACUCCGUCAUCGUGCUGGGCAAGACCCAGUCAUGGGGAGCCAACAUGUCUGCCAUCAUUGGUCCGAUCAACGCGCUGUGGCUAGCCUGCACAGGCACUUGCCUAAGUGUGCUGGUUCUGUGGCUGCCGUUCAAGACUGUUGGGCCGUACCUGGCUUCUGUGAUUCUCUUUGGGUUCUUUUCAGGCGCCAUUGUCAGCCUGGUGCCUGUUUCUGCGGCCAGUCUGUUUGGGAUCAAGCGCCUUCCUAGCAUCAUGGGUUUGAUUAUGCUCGCUUACGCCAUCGGGGGUCUUAUUUCGUCGCCGCCAGCUGGUGCGAUGCUGGACAAAUUUGGCCAUGGCACUGACUUUACAAGCUUAAUCAUCUUUGCUGGCGUGCUUGCAGCUGCAUCAGUUGCCACCCAGUCGGUACUGCGAGUCGUAAUCUCACGCCAGUUCCUAAUGAAGGCGUAGAAGCGAUGUGAUAUAUACGAAUAAUAGGCCGAGCUGGGUUGUUUACCUAGCAUAAUUCAUAGAUAUCAUAAUUUACCGUGCCUAUUCUGCACGCUAGUUCCUCUAUUGACAACAUUGUGAUUUUACGUCAAAUUAAUAACUAGGUAGCUGUAUCCGA